AGACGCCGCCAUGGCAACGCCGCUCUCAUCUACUUCCGGGAGCGAGGGGGUGGAGACGAGAGAACGGAACUGGUUCCAAGCCUCUUCCGGUCCUGCUCACGCCUCGCUCUCCUCGCGUCACCGCCGGGAUGAAGCCGAUCCUGCUGCAGGGCCAUGAGCGGUCCAUUACGCAGAUUAAGUACAACCGCGAGGGAGACCUCCUCUUCACCGUGGCCAAGGACCCUAUUGUCAAUGUAUGGUACUCUGUGAACGGGGAGAGACUGGGCACCUACAUGGGCCAUACUGGUGCUGUGUGGUGCGUAGAUGCUGACUGGGACACCAAACAUGUCCUCACUGGCUCAGCUGACAACAGCUGUCGUCUCUGGGACUGUGAAACAGGGAAGCAGCUGGCCCUACUCAAGACCAACUCAGCCGUUCGCACCUGUGGUUUUGACUUUGGGGGCAACAUCAUCAUGUUCUCCACGGACAAGCAGAUGGGCUAUCAGUGCUUUGUGAGCUUCUUUGACCUGCGGGAUCCAAGCCAGAUUGACAACAAUGAGCCCUACAUGAAGAUCCCUUGCAAUGACUCCAAGAUCACCAGUGCAGUUUGGGGACCUCUGGGAGAGUGCAUCAUUGCAGGCCAUGAAAGUGGAGAGCUCAACCAGUAUAGUGCCAAGUCUGGAGAUGUGUUGGUGAAUGUUAAGGAGCACUCCCGGCAGAUCAAUGAUAUCCAGUUAUCCAGGGACAUGACCAUGUUUGUCACGGCAUCCAAAGACAACACAGCCAAGCUCUUUGACUCUACAACCCUUGAACAUCAGAAGACUUUCCGGACAGAACGUCCUGUCAAUUCAGCUGCCUUGUCUCCCAACUAUGACCAUGUGGUGCUGGGUGGUGGUCAGGAAGCCAUGGAUGUAACCACAACCUCCACCAGGAUUGGCAAGUUUGAGGCCAGGUUCUUCCAUUUGGCCUUUGAAGAAGAGUUUGGAAGAGUCAAGGGCCACUUUGGACCUAUCAACAGUGUUGCCUUCCAUCCUGAUGGCAAGAGCUAUAGCAGCGGUGGUGAAGAUGGAUAUGUCCGCAUCCACUACUUCGACCCACAGUAUUUCGAAUUUGAGUUUGAAGCUUAAGAAGCUGGAUCUUCAUCCAGGCCAGGGAGGCUGCUUACAGAAAGUUUUGGACUCUGAGAAAUAAAUUAGUUUGGUAAUAAAUGGUUUCUGGUUAGACA